AUCUCAUCCUUCUUCGAUGCUGCACCUUCGAUGUCCAAAGUUCCGAGUCAUUACCAAACGGGUCGGCAGAAGCAUCGCAAACCCGACCAAGAGUAACUAUGGCGGAGGCGUUUCGCUAUACCGUCGGACUUUCAGUCUCAACCGCACAGACGGAAAGUUGAAGGAGAGAGUAUGUGAUUGUGCGUAUAAGAGGACAUGAGGGUCGCGACGAACACCAAGCGACCAAUACACAACGACAGCAGACGACAAAAUCAUCUCAGCACACCAUAUCUAGAACACGUCUUAGAUCAUCCCCUCCAAAUUACGAAGAUGAGCUCUUUCAAGAACGUCGCUCUCCUUGGCAAAGGGCUCUUGGGAAGCGCAAUCACCACUGAACUUGCCAACGCUGGCUUCAAUGUUACAAUAUUCGGCCGCGCCGAGUCUGCUCCAGGAGACCUCCCUGCUGGGGUGCACUUUAAAACGAUCGACUACUCCUCAGUCGACACCAUCGCUACGGCCGUCAAGAGGCAGGAUGUCAUCGUCUCAACCCUUAGCAAGGGCGGUCUCUUCAUCCAGAGAACUAUCAUUGACGGCGCUAUCAAGGCUGGCGUCAAGCGCUACAUCCCUUCCGACUGGGGCUCCUUCACCACCGACUCCAAGGCGGCGGCCGAGCUUACCGUCAUGAUGAAGCCCUUCACCGACACGCAGAACUAUCUGAAGGAAAAGGUCGGUGAGAUCGAGCACACAAUCUUCUCCGUCGGCGGCUUCACCGACCUCAUUGUCAAGUUCCCCAUCGCCUUUGACUACGCGAACAAGACGGCGGCCGUGACGAACGGGGGCCACGCCCGCUUCGCCAGCACCAGUCUUGCCGGCAUCGGCAAGGCGGUCGCGGGCGCUCUGAAGAACCCCGAGGCAACCAAGAACCGCAAUCUGAAGAUCCAAGAGUUCGAGGUCUCUCAGGCGCAGCUGCUGGCGCUCGCAAAGAAGUACUCGCCGCCUGGCACCGAGUGGAAGGAAACUGAGCUUGACGGGGAAGCUGAGUUAGAAAAGAACCUGAAAGCUGCACAGGAGGACCCCACCAACGAGUUCGCUAUAUUUGGUCUGAUCAAGGCUGCCCUACUUAGCGGCCGAUACAAGUCUUCUUACGACAAGCUCGAUAACGAGCUCGUGGGCCUCCCGAUUCUGACCGAGAAGGAUCUAGAGGCUAAGUUCGCGGCGGUGUACAGUUCCUAG